AUGGUCUGGUUUGAAGGAAGUGUAGCUGAAGCCGUUUCUAAGUGUAAAGCUGAUAAAGCAUUGUUUAUUGUUUAUCUUCAUCAUAAUUAUGAAUCAAAUAAUCCUGAGACUUUACGUAUGGAAGAGUUAUGGACUCUAAUUGAUCCAUCAUUCUUUAGUGUACCUUAUGUUGCAAUUAAGGUUGAAGAAAAUUCUCUUUCAGCAAGACAAUUUAGUUGUAUCUAUAAAAAUCCAUUAUUCCCUUCUGUUUAUUUUAUUGGUACUGAUGCAAAACCAAUUGAUGUUAUAACAUUAAUUGAGGAAUGUGAUGAGAGUAUAUUUGUUGAUAAAAUAUCAAACGCUUUUAAAAAAUUUGCUAUUGAUAAUGGGUACAUUGAAACCGAGUGGAGCGGAAUGACUAAAGAAGAGAAAGCUAUUCAUGCUCAGAAGUUAAUUGCUGAACGCAAAGCUAAGAAAGCUGAAGCUGAACAAGCUGAGGCUAGAGAAAGAGAACUCCGUAGAAGAAUGGAUGGUAAGGCUAUGCUUGAGACAAAAGAACGUGCCAAAGAACUUGAAUUGAAAGAAGCUGCUGCUGCAAUAAAAAAACAAAAACAAGAAGAUGCUGCUUAUAAAAAGAGAAUAUUAGAGCAAAUGGCACUUGAAAGAAAAGACAAACAACUUGAAGAAGAGGAACGUCUUAAAAAUAUGAUGGCUGGAGAUGUUUCUAAACCAAGUGCUCCAAAAAUAACAUCAAUUCCAACAGAUGUUUGCCGUGUUCAAAUACGUUUUCCAGAUGGUAAAACUAUUGUAAAAGAAUUUCAAUCAAAAGACAAACUUCAAGUAUUGAAAGAUGCUAUUAUCAAUGAGAAGAAAAUGACAACCGAUUUUGCUAUUGUCCAAGCAUAUCCAAGAAAGGAACUGAUUGAAUUUGAAAAAGACUUUUUGGAACUUCAACUUACACCAUCAACAACAGUUUUAGUUAUUCCUAAUGAAAAUAAAGUAUCGUCGAUGCGGCUGGUUAGAAAUGUUCAUUCCACUUUUUGGACAUUUGUUUUUGAAUCAUUGAUUAUUAUUUUUAAUUUUUUCUUAUCUUUUAUUGGUUUUUCUUCUAUUACUAGUGCUAAUGCACCAAAUGUCCAAGAACAAACACAAUCUAAUAAUGACAAAAAAAAGGAUGACGUUAUUGAUAAAGAAGAAAAAUUAAAUCGUAUUCCACCUAGUGCUGCUGAAGUUAGACAACGUGGCAACAUAAGGUUUUUACAAAAUUCAACUAGAGAUAAACCUGAUGAUGAUGAUUUAACAGAAACUUUCAAUGGCAACUCAACUUCACAAUUGUAA